UACUGAUCCGUAGUUGUAGUCCCGUCAGUUUCAAAACCCCGAGACGAUGACAGAAGGAAACACAACAACGAGCUCUGCGAUAACUAUUGAGGACGUGCAACACCUGGUCAAGAAAAAAGAUGAAAUAGAAGAACAGAUUAAAGCUUACUAUGACGUUCUGGAGGAUCAAAAGGGUGUUGGCAUGACUGGGCCAUUAGUGGAUGCAGAGGGCUUUCCACGAGGAGAUAUUGACCUCUACCAAGUCCGCAGUGCCAGACACAACGUCGCGUGUUUGCAGAAUGACCACAAGGAAAUCAUGCAGCAGAUUGAAGAGGCGCUGUACCGGCUGCACGCCUACGAGAGAGAGAAACGUGAGAAGGACGAGACCCAGGCUAAAGCAGAGGCGCUGGAGCAGAACCGGCCUCUCCCCCGUCCCUUCGCUAAAGUGGACGCUGUCACGCCGGGCUCCCCAGCCAGCAUGUCUGGAUUACAAAUUGGGGAUGAGAUUUUUGAAUUCGGCACUGUGAAUUCUCAAAACUUUCAGAACCUACAGAACAUUGCUUCAGUGUUGCAGCACAGCGAGGGGAAACCCCUGAGUAUAGCUGUGAUCCGCAGUGGAAAGAAGGUACACUUGGGGCUGACCCCACAGCGAUGGAGUGGAAGGGGUCUGCUUGGCUGCAGCAUUCUCCCACUGCAGAGAUAAAUACGAGCGAGGCAUCAAAACCACAACAUCAGUAAAUGCUCUUCAAAACCUGCCACUGAGCCGUUUUAUUAUUUAAUAAGGGAGCAGUUGGACUGGUUGGAUUCAGUGGUUAUGCUGUGAUGUGUGAAUGAUUGCUUCUGUUAUAGAAUGGAACCACAUUGCUUUUGCCAAGACACCUGGACAGAGCUGCUACCUGUACAGGGACCACGUCUGUAACUAGCUGCUACAUCUCAAGAGCCGAGUUCAGGAUUGACUGACAUCAUGCUAGGUAGUGCUGUGCAAAAGAACAAUAAACACUGUUUUGCACAUGA